AUGUACAUUUCGAAUAAACGAUUUCGUAUCAUUGAGGGUGGGCCAGCAGAUCAACGUAAUUUUCCGUUUAUUGUGAGCAUAAUUUAUAAUGGUUAUCAUACUUGUGGGGCUUCUUUGAUAACGAGUCGUUAUGUUUUAACGGCAGCUCAUUGUGCAUACUCAAGACAUCAAUUAAUAGAUGAACGAUACACCUUUAUAUCCGUUGGAUCUUCGAGAUGGGAGGAAGGCACCAAAUAUGGGGUUUCAAAAAUAUACGUUCACGAUGAAUACAAUAAUGAUAGAGUCGUAAAUGAUAUCGCAUUGUUAAAAACUGACAAAAAAGUCCGAUUUAGUACAUAUAUUCGGCCGGGUAAGUUGUAUGGGAACGAAUUACCAAAACAAUCUGGUUUGGAAUGCAUCGUAAUCGGAUGGGGUUACACAAGUAAUAAUGGUUACUUAGUAAAAUCUGCUACUGAUGUUUUGAAUAAGGUAAAAAUCACAACGAUAAGUCCACAACGAUGUCGGCGUUACUACAGAAAUGUUGAUGAAAGAAAUAUUUGCUUAACUGGAAUUGGUAGGCAAGGAUCUUGCAGUGGCGACUCUGGGGGGCCCCUUUUAACUGAUAUUGACGGUAAUUUAGUGCAAAUUGGGUUGGUUUCUUAUGGUGGUGAUUGCAACAACACCGCACCUGAAGUUUAUACCAAAAUUUCUUAUUUUAAAGACUGGAUAUUAAACUCUGUAAAAUUAUUAGAUGCAAAUUAA